CAACAUCAGCACACAGUUUUUCUUCUGUCUGAAUACACUGUAAAUGUUGUGGUGUGGACUCUGUAGUACAGAAAUGGGAGCAGGCAAACGCAUCCUGGGGCUCUGAAUCACGAAGGGAAAGCAGGCAGCUCUGGUUUGUUAUUAUUUUUGUUUUAGUAAAAACAUACUUCCCACAGCAACUUUUAAAACUUCCACGUGGCACAGAAGGGGAUCAGUUCCAGUUGAUAUGAGCCUGGAUGAAGAGAGGGAGGAAAUAACUUGAUUGCUUUAGACUUCAGUUCAGCUGGAGUCGAGAGGAAAGAAUCAGUGUCCCUUUAUUUGGAAUUCAGCAAGGAGGUCGUGUUCCUGGUGAGGACAGAUCCUCUGCCUGUCUUCUGGAGGUACUGUAUGGAGCGCUGCGGGGCAGGCACAAAGCAGGUGGCUUUAGAUUUAAAACAGCAACUCUGCUGUUGGUGAUAAAAAGCUGUGUUGCUUUCUUGGAAGUAUUGCCGCACUUGGAGCAUACUGUGUUAUAACAGCAUGUUCCUCUCUCUUUUUUUUUGUGCCAAAAAAAGGAGAAAUAAGAAAUGUGAGGCUUCUGGGCUAAACACGACCAGGGCUGGUGUGUGUGUGUAUGUAUGUGUAGUGGAGGGUUGUUUUGAUGUUUAGCGCUGUAAUAUGGGGCUUAGAAGAUAAAGAGAUUGGGUAGAUGGGGGUGUUAUGUCAAACUGGGGGACUUUGCCUCUAAGACAUUUGUAGUUUCAGCCUAUCUAUCUCUGGUCCUUAAAGAUCAGUUGGUGGGUUGAAAACCAGGGGGAGUUAAAGGGGAGGGAGAUGAAAUGCAGGAAAAACUGCUGAUCUGUCUGUUCCUGGCUAAUUUGGACCAGACCCUCAGGGAAUGGGAGGACAUUCCCACCUGGAAUUCAGAUUUUGUGUUGAAUAUGGCUAAAAUUAAGCAUCUAGUAACAGAGAGAACAGCUCUGGUAUCCUGCAAGGCAGUGCUAAAGCACACGCCGUCUGUGCUGCUCUGCUGUCAAUUCCAGCAUGCUUUCUUCUGGCAUCUCUCCUUGAUCUUACAAACUGUGUUGACAAAAAGCAAUGGGAGAUUGUUUCUUCCCCAAGUCUUUAUAUUCAGAGUAUAGCUGCUUCCUCUUUCCUACUCACAUUUUCCCAUAUGGUGACUUUGGAAAAUUCCUCUCCGAUUUCGUUGGGAAGUGCAGGAAACUCUCGUUGGUAGAGGGUUGCCUGUUACUCUCUCUUAAUUCUGCUGCUCACAUCUGGAAAGGAUCUGGCUUGGAAAGGGGAGACUCGCUCUGAGCUCAGCGCAUGUAACUGACAUGGCAUGAGCCGCGGGAGCCUGUGGGGGCAAGAGAAAUGUUCUUCUCCAUUCAUCUGAUUUCUGACAGCAAAGGGGCGAUGCCGGCCGGCGGCCGGGCGCUGCUGGCGCUGCUGGCUCUGGGCUGCGCCGCCGCCGCCCGCAACGACUUCCCCGAGCGGCGUCCACCCGGCCCUGCCCCGGCCCUAGCCUCAGCCUCAGCCUGUCCCCGAGACUGCGGCUGCACCCAGGAGGGCGUCGUGGACUGCGGCGGCAUCGACCUGAAGGAGUUCCCGCUGCUGCUGCCCGAGCUCACCAACCACCUCUCCCUGCAGAAUAACCAGAUAGAAGAAAUCUUUCCAGAAGAGCUUGCUCGGCUUUACAGACUAGAAACGCUCAAUUUGCAAAACAACAGGCUAACUUCAAAAGGGUUGCCAGAGGAAGCAUUUGAGCAUCUGGAGAACCUGAAUUACCUGUACCUGGCAAACAAUAAGCUAACAGUGGCUCCGAAAUUCCUACCAAGCACCUUGAUCAGUGCAGACUUUGCAGCCAAUUAUCUCACUAAGAUCUAUGGGCUCACUUUUGGACAGAAACCAAACCUGAGAUCUGUGUAUCUUCACAACAACAAACUUUCAGAUGCUGGGUUACCUGAUAAUAUGUUCAAUGGCUCUAAUAAUGUGGAGAUACUCAUCAUGUCCAGCAAUUUCUUGAAGUAUGUUCCAAAGAAUCUCCCUCCAGCACUAUAUAAAUUACAUUUAAAGAACAACAAGCUGGAGAAGAUUCCCAAAGGAGCCUUCAGUGAACUCACAGGUCUGCGGGAGCUGUAUUUACAGAAUAACUACUUGACAAAUGAAGGAAUGGACAAUGAAACCUUCUGGAAAUUGUCUAGUCUGGAAUAUCUAGAUUUGUCCAGCAAUAACCUCUCACAAAUCCCAAGUGGUUUACCUCGAAACAUCGUCCUCCUUCACCUGGAGAAGAAUGCAAUUAAAGUGAUUGGCAGAGAUGUCUUGACCCAAAUUAAGAACCUGGAGUAUCUUCUACUCCACAAUAACAAAUUAAAAGCCCGAGGUAUUCACCCACAAGCCUUCCAGGGCUUAAAGAAGCUGCACACUGUCCACCUGUACAACAACAUGCUGGAAAGGAUUCCCAGUGGGCUGCCCCGGCGAGUGAAAACACUUAUGAUCCUUCAUAACCAGAUCUCUGAGAUUAACAGGAAUGACUUUGCUACCACUUACUUCCUUGAAGAGCUGAACCUGAGCUACAAUAAGCUCAAAAGUCCCCAGAUCCACCGGGAGGCUUUCCGUAAACUAAGGCAACUAAAGUCCUUGGAUCUCUCUGGAAACAACCUCAACACAGUGCCCUUUGGCUUUCCAAAGAACUUGCAGAUUCUGAAGCUGAAGGAGAAUGAGAUAAGCAUCAUCCCAAAAGGGACUUUGUCUGGGAUGACAAAGCUGCGGGAAUUAUAUUUGAGCAACAAUAAACUGAAAGUAAAUUCAAUUUAUUCGGGUGCAUGGAGAGAACUCAGCAGUCUCCAGUCACUAGACAUGGCUGGCAACCAGCUGACUGCUAUCCCAUCAGACCUGCCAGAAUCUCUGGAAUAUCUCUAUCUUCAGAACAACAAGAUCACAACAAUUUCAGAGAGUGCUUUUGAAUCCACACCCAAAAUAAAGGGGAUUUACCUCAGGUUUAAUAAGAUUGCUGUUGGAGCACUGAAGGAAAGUAUCUUCCAAAACCUAAAGCACUUACAAGUCCUGGAUAUUGAAGGGAACCUUGAAUUCAGCAACAGUUCAAAGAAUAGGGAUGACUCAGAAGAGGAAAUGGAAGAUGAGGAAGAGGAAGAAGAACUGAGAUAAAACAUGAAUUCACACAGUCACAUCAUGUGGCAGGAAAGCAUAUGGAAAAUUACAUAUGUCUAUGUGUAGAUAUCUCUACAGAUAUACAGAGAACACUUAGCAAAACGUGCAAUGAAUUACGCAGAAACUGUCAUGGCACUGGGCCAGGCUUAUGGAAGACAAUGUGUUACAGUGCCUUAUUCAGGGAGAGACCCUGAAUGCCUUUCCAAAGCUUCCAAAUCAUCUUAUACAAGACCCAGGAUCAUAAGGGAUUGCUCUGGAACUCACAAAAGCUGGCUUUUGUUUCUUCUGUUUCUCUUCCUUCACUGUUUCCAUCUGUAAUAACAAUAUGGGACUGUUUUGAAACAUGCCUUCAAAGGCUGUUUUUGUCACUGCAUUUUAAAUGAACCAUGUAUAUGCUUCUUCUCUUUUCCUCCACCCCAAAGAAGCUGUAACUGAUCAGGAAAGAUGGGUAUUUGCAAUAGUUACAUGUGUGGAGCAGUAUAUGAGGCAUUUUGGUCAUCAAGCAGCAGUAAUAAUUCUGGAUGCAACUAUUCCUCUGUUAUAACAAUGUGUAUAUUUGGAUGAGAAAAACAAAGUAAGGCUGGAUCCCAUAAUAUUUUAUCUCUACUGCCAAAGCCUGCAAUAUAUUCCUGUUUUAGAAAGGUUUUAAGAUGAAACAAUUGCUCUUGUGAAUAUAUAUAUAUAUAUAAAAUCUGUAUGUCUGCUUUCCAGAGCUCUGGUAAAGUUUCUGUCUUGGUGUUGUUUGCCCAUGUGGCACUUGUGUAAAUAUCUCUGAAGGUAUACCCAAAAGGUUGAGUAACAAUAUGCAGCUUAAUAUAUGUGGUAGAAUCUUUCACAUAUUGUAGAUCAUUCCCAUUAAGAGUCAGAAGUGAGACAACUAAACCAAAAUGGAUAAGUGUGGGAUGUCUGAGGAGAAAGCUGUUAAGUGUCAAGAGAAAUUUGUUUAGUUCCAAUCUGGAGCCAAUACCUGCUGUCAUACUCUUUUAAAGCCUCACCUAUUUUAUGGUGUUCAGUAAUCUCAGCUCCUGUUGGAAUCAGGGAAAUUGAAGAAACCAAGAUAAAGAAGACCUAUAGAGGUACCUGGAUAGCAAGUUUCUUUUUUGAUUAAAAUGUCCUUCACCUGAGGCAGCU